AUGGGUCUCCCAAGCCUCCUUCAACACGAUGCCAGCUUCCCGCUGUACGGGGUAGCGUUCUCGAAUAACCCGCAGCACCCCCAUCGUAUAGCCCUAUCGUCAUUCCUCACUGGGCCGCAGAACAAGAUCACGGUCAUCGAGCCCAACUCGCCCUACACGUCGUCGUCAGACUUUCAGCAUCUUGCAACAGCCGGGAUCACAUACCCCGCAACCAAGGUCGGAUGGGAGCCCAAAGAGAGCCUGAGCCGUGACGGCGGGCGUGGUGAGCUCCUCGCCACGACCGGCGAUGUUUUGCGUCUCUGGGAGAUGAAGUGGGACGGGAAGAGCAAGGACGCUGGUCGCAUCGGGUACGGGCGCAAUGGGUAUAAUGACGCCGACGGGUGGAAGUUGCACCAGAGAUCAUUCCUCUCCAAUAGCAAGCAGAACCCAUCCAACCUUCCCCCAAUCACGAGCUUUAGCUGGAACUCGCAGGCUCCACAGAGUAUCGUGACGUGCUCGACGGACACGACUGCGACGUUAUGGGAUAUCAACACCUCGCAGGCGCUCACGCAGCUCAUCGCACAUGACAGGGCAGUGUACGAUUUGUCGUGGCUACCACAAAGCCCCGACAUCUUUGUGUCUGUCGGUGCUGACGGCUCGUUACGUGCCUUCGACCUACGUCAGCUCGAACACUCGACGAUCCUGUACGAGACGCCCAACGCCGCGCCACUCGCCCGCAUCGCCUUCAGCAACCGCGAACAGCAUAUGCUCGCGUGUUUCGGCAUGGGCGACUCGAAGACGCUCAUCCUCGACAUGCGUUCGCCAGGGCAGCCUGUAGCAGAACUGUUGGGUCACAAAGCGCCGCUGGGCGCCAUCUCGUGGGGAUCAGGCGGGAAUACAGGAACAGCGUCGGGUGCGACGGGCGGGGGCUACAUCGCCUCAUGCGGCGACGAUGCGCAGCUCCUCAUCUACGACCUCACGUCACCUAUACCCACCGAGCCCGAAUCACGGCGCAGCACCGUCCCAUACACCAUGUCCCCACCUGCGACGCCUAACGCCGGGCGUACACCGUCACCGUCACCACCUUCGACGCGCGCCGCCGAGAUCCAGCCCCACAAAGCGUGGACAGCGCAUGGCGAGCUCAACAACCUCGCAUUCAGCGCGUCGAAUGACUGGAUUGCGUGUGUCGCAGGCCAGCGACUAAACAUGCUUCAGGUGUAG